UCCUCCAUUGAAGAUCACCGCUAUUUAACAGCCUUCGCGCUACUCUCUCUCUCUCUUUCUCUCUCUACCCACUUCUUGCAAUUGCACCCCCUUCAAGAACGAGAGGAAUUCGAUCCCUAUUUGCCGAGAGGCAGCAAUGGCGUCUCCCGCCGACGAGGCUCUUCCGGUGCUGCCGCCCAUCAAGACGGCGCCUUUGCCUGUCCCGCCGUCUGCCUCGGCUUCCCCGGCGCCGGCGCCGGCGUCGCCAGCGCGGGACAGCGCGAAGGAGAUGGAGGAGGAGGGCCGAGAGCCGUCGACGCCGACGUCGAAGGAGAGCAGGCUCCAGCCGCCCGCGGAGUGCCCGCCGGCUCCACGCAAACCGCCGGCGCCGCGGCUGCCUGCGUCGGCGAAGCGGAAACCGCCGCCCUCGCCCUCUCCCGCGCGGGUGUUCGUCGCCGUCCCGCGCGACCUCUCCACCGUGUUCCGGUCGCUUCCCCCCAAGAAGCGGAUCCGGGUGUCGUGAGGCUGCGAUCUGGCCGUCGCCGGCUUCAUGGUUGGUCAAUUUCUUGGAGAAUCCUUCCGAGUUCUUGGCUUCUUCUUCCUCGUCCUUUUUUCUUUCUUCCUUGGUUACUGGUAUCCACGGCCGUGGUAUAAAUUAUAAUUUCCGGUAUAAAUAACGUGUUAUUUUUACGUGUGUUUUAUUUUCUUCUUCUUUUUCUCUUGUGUUUGUGUGAGCGAGAAUUUGUAAAUCUAGAAAUGAAGAUAUUGUUGUUACUGAAUGGAAGCAGUUCAAAGAAAGAAAAAGCUUGUAAGAAAAUUCACACUGAUCUUGUUAAUUAUGAUACAUACCAGAAUUAUUUAUCAUAAUCUGA